AUGGAAAACCCGAACCAAUGCCCCGUCGAAGUAUCCGAUGCGCCUUGUACCUCUGCGGGAUCCUUCAUCCCUCCCAGUAUAGAUCAAGCUCGUUUACUAUCUGGAGACUCGUACACUUAUUACUCCCCAUUUCCUCUGGGAAAUACAGAGAAUGCAGCACACGCCAUUGGCGAAGACGGCCAGGAUGGCACAGCACCUUCUUCACUCUCGGAACACGGAUCAUCGGAGUACUUCGUUUUGGGUGUUGACGAAGCUGGUCGUGGCCCAGUUCUGGGUCCGAUGGUCUAUAGUGCCUUCUACCUACCGCAUACUCUCCAUCAUUCCCUAUUGGCUCGCGAUUAUAGCUUCGAUGAUAGCAAAGUCCUUACCGCCGGCGUCCGCGCGAAUCUGAUGCGUUUACUGUGUACCGCUGGAAACCCACUCCAUGCAUCAUGUGGGUGGGCAACAAAGCUUUUGUCUGCGCGAGAUAUCUCUUCCGGAAUGAUGCGGCCUGGCUCGGGCGUCUAUAACUUGAAUGCCCAGGCGAUGGAUGCCACAGUCGAGAUUAUCCGCGGCAUUGUGGAGGAGCGCAAAGUUGAUGUCAGGGAAGUCUAUAUUGACACUAUCGGAAAUCCAGCGACAUAUCAACAGAAAUUGGAACGAAUCUUCCCUACUCUCAAAAUCACUGUCGCCAAAAAAGCCGAUUCUUUGUAUCCAUGUGUGAGCGCUGCCAGUGUCGCUGCCAAAGUCACUCGGGACGUGGCGCUAGAGCUUUGUCACGACGCUUUUCAAGCACUUCAACAGCUUGAAACUUCACACGAGAUGGCAACAGAUAGUUGGGGAAGUGGGUACCCAUCGGACUCCAAAUGCGUAAAUUGGCUCCGAAAACACAUGGAUCCCGUCUUCGGUUGGGGCAACGAAUGCCGAUUCAGUUGGGGCACCUCAAAAGAAAUGCUUGAGCUCAAGGGCGGCACAAGAGUGGACUGGCCUGUUGAAGAGGAAAGUACGCAAAUAAAAGAUUUCCUUCUGACCACCGCGAAUCAUGUGAAGCGGACCGAGCAGGAUGCUUUGCGGGAAUGGUUCGGAAGCAGAAGAACUGAAGUUCUGUGA